AUGGCCCAAAAAAAACAGUUGCGGGAUGUGACCAACGAUCAGCGGGGAAUGUCGCACUUCAACUGGACCCUGGACAGUGGAACCAAUUACCACAUUCUACGCACUGCCUGUUAUCCCUAUAUGAAGUACCACUGUAGCAAAAGGGAGGUGCAGGAUCUCUGGCUAGAGGACAAAUUCUUUCGCUUCCUAAAGGUUAUCAAUUUGGGCUUACCUAUGCUCUUCUACGGACUGGCUGCCAUUCGCCUAAUCAGUCAUACAGAGAUUGUUCAUGUCAGCGAGACGGUAAAGGUUCCUAUAUAUUUCCUUUAUGCCGAGGAUAAGGGAGCUAGUUUUUGAUUUUGAUUUGAGGAAGCCAAAAAUGAAAUGAAAGCAACAGCCUCCUUAUUUAUGUAUGUACAUUUUUAUUAAAGUUUAACAAUUAUUGCGGGCAACAACUUAA